AUGUCCACAAGAGAUGGAAACGUGCCAUCUCACAGUCAAGCAGUCCAAGCCGAGAAAGAUGAGCAAUUUGUCGGAGAGAACGCCGAGGCGGACGAGGACACGCCGUGGUUCUUAGAGGAGGAGGCGCCGCGACACCUGCCAAGCCAGCACAAACCAACCCUACCGAAAAUACCUGAAAAUGCACCCGAGAUGCUGGAGCCGUUGAUCAAAUACGUAUACGAGGAUAUGGGUCUUGACGAUCUCUCGCUACUCGAUCUACGGGACAUUGAUCCCCCUACUAGUCUGGGUCCGAAUCUCGUCAUGCUCUUCGGAACGGCACGCAGCGAACGACACUUGCACAUCUCCUCUGGCCGCUUUGUUCGAUGGAUCCGAAGAAACUACAAUGUCAGCGCAAGGGCUGAGGGGCUGAUUGGUGCCGGAGAACUCAAGACCAAGCUGCGAAGGCUGCGCAAAAAGGCGAAGCUACUGGGGCAAAACACCCUCCUCACACCCGGCGCUGAUCUUGGCAUCUCGACCGGCUGGGUCUGCGUGAACACGCGGACGGCAGCGGACACUGUGACGGACGAGUCUGCCAACUUUGAUGCGACCGGUUUGAUAUCUGGCUUUGGGGCUUCCGAGCACGGCACAACCAUUGUCGUCCAGUGCAUGACCGAGUCGCGCAGACAGGAGCUGGAUCUCGAGAGCCUAUGGAAAGGCAUUUUCAAGAGGAAUUUGAAGGAACAAGCAAAGAUCAGAGGCGAGAAGCCUUCGGACGAAGAGCUGGAUGGGCUGGUCGCAACAAAACUGCAGCUACACCAAGCCACGGGCGCGUCUCAGUGGAACGCAAUGGAGAAGGCAUCGCAACAGCAUCGGUACUACUCGACAUCGGCACGUCGUCUGGCGCCGUCAUCCCAAGUCGACGCUGCAAGUGUCACCGCUACAAGCGCGAGCCGACCCACGGACCUGGACCAAGUCGCGUCUCUGCAGCAAGAGUUCCUCGACAUCCAGCUCGCCGGCGCUCCGAUGGAUGAAGCCCGUCUCGAGCAGCUCGUGUCUUCGAUCUUGCGCGCCCCGCUCAGCGGCGGUCUGACUGUGGAGGACCGUCUCGCCCUCGUCGACCAGAUGCUGCACACGGGCGACGAGCGUGGACUGAAGAUUCACACCAGACAAAUGUUGGUCACCAUCGUUGAAGCGCUCGUGACGUCCCCUGCUUACGGUCCCGAACUAGGCCGCGCCCAAGUCAACUUUGAGAUGCUCCUCCGCGAGCUGGACACGCCGCCCACUGAGGAGGAAGUGGCCCGGCUCAUGAAUGCCUACGCCUCACACGGAGACUGGGAACGCUUCUGGGAGAUAUUCAAGACGACGUCGAGAUUUCAGCUGCCGAGGUCCGCUCGGCUGUACGAACUCGCCUUCCGAACGAUUGCGGCGACCCACGACGUCAAGCUGUGCCAGGAGACACUCCGGUGGCUCUACUACGAGCUGAUCGUGGAGCAGCCUUCCAUAAGGCCUGACGGCGCCCUCGGCAAAGCCAUCACGUCCUGCGUCAACGUGGCCGACAAGCACGCCAUGCGCCUGCACAAAAACCCGCCCAACUUUGAGGCCAUGCCUCCCGUCGAGGUUCGCCGUAUUCAGCACAAUGAAUACGUCAAAAUCUUGGCGAGCAUGGAAGCACUUUGCCGCGAUGGCCCCGCCAGCAGCACAGCGUGA